AUGGCAACAAUAUAUCAUCGUGGUGUUAAACGAAGUUUUAUUAAUGAAGAAGUUAAUUUAUUGUCGUCGAAAAAAAUUAAACGAUUACGAGACAAUCAUGAACAAGAUUUAAGACCAUCAAAAUAUGAUUUGUCAUCCCAAUAUGAAAAUCAAUUCAAAAGAAUUAAUGAGAAAAAAAAUGAAUUUGAAGAAGAAUAUCAUUGUCAAGUUUAUCUUAAAUUAUAUUCAACAACAUGCAAAUGUACAAUGGAUGUUAUUGUUAAAUCAACAAAUGAUACCAUCGAUGAUGAUGAUUCAAUUUUAUUAGCAAAAACUCGAAUAGCAAAAGUCAUUAAACCAGGUGUUGUUCGUGUUCGUCUCGUUUCAACUUUGUUUAUUGCGGAUGUCGAUGUAUAUGAAGAUUCAUCUCUUAUGAAACUUGAAACAAUUAAAAAAAACUAUAAUCAUAAUAAUUUUGAUAAACAAUUUGCUCUUAAACUAAAAAAUAAUCGAAUUGGUCCAGGUGUUAUUGGUAAAUUAUUUAUUGAAUCAUUAGAUCCAUCGAAUGGAUCAUAUAUAAAUCAGUCCCCGAUAUUUGAACUUAAUCUUAGUUUAACAUCAGAACAUGAAAUCAUAUCAACUUCAUUCAAUCAGAAUAAUGAAAAUCGUUUGAUUUGUGGUUGUGUACUGUCCUCUGAUCAAUCUCAUUUAGAAAUCAGUGAUAAAUGCAAUUUGAAAUUAAAUGAUAUGAAACUUACUCAUCGUCUUGCUGAAUAUCUUCGUUGUCAAUGGAAAUUCAUUGGUCGUGAAUUAGCACCUUGUUUUUCUGAAAUAGAUUUAAUAAAUUUUCAACAAACAUAUUUAAUAUUAGAUGGUAAUCAUGAAUGUGCUUAUCAAUUAUUAAGAGAAUGGUAUAUACGUCAUCCUGAUCAAGCUAAUAUUCGUUAUUUAUUGACUCGAUUGAAACUUCCUUUUGAUAUUAUUAUUGAAAUUCAUAACGAUGUUGUGAGAAAAUUUAUUUCUAGUUAG